AACACAACUCAACCCAAGUCAACGCAAUGGAAGUCAACACAACUCAACGAAACCCAAUGCAAGUCAACACAACUCAACCCAAGUCAACGCAACUCAACCCAAGUCAACACAACUCAACACAACGCAAGCCAAGUGAACGCAACUCAACCCAAGUCAACACAACUCAACCCAAGUCAACGCAACUCAACCCAGGUCAACGCAACUCAACCCAAGUCAACACAACUCAACACAACACAAGCCAAGUGAACGCAACUCAACCCAAGUCAACACAACUCAACCCAAGUCAACGCAACUCAACCCAAGUCAACGCAACUCAACCCAAGUCAACACAACUCAACCCAGGUCAACGCAACUCAACCCAAGUCAACACAACUCAACCCAGGUCAACGCAACUCAACCCAAGUCAACACAACUCAACCCAGGUCAACGCAACUCAACCCAAGUCAACGCAACUCAACCCAAGUCAACACAACUCAACCCCAGUCAACGCAACUCAACACAACUCAACACAACUCAACCCAAGUCAACACAACUCAACACAACGCAAGCCAAGUCAACGCAGCACAACCCAACACCGCUCAACAACUCAACCCACAACCCAACGCAACGCAGUCCAACACAACUCAACAAAACUCAACACAACUCAACCCACAACUCAACCCACAACUCAACACAACGAAGCUCAACCCAACUCCAGAAAACUCAACACAACUCAACCCACAACUCAACGCAACGCAACGCAACACACAACCCACAGACCAACAGCCCAACCAACCCGUAACACAACAACGCAACUCCAAGCAACAACACGACACACAACACAACCCGAAAGUUUCUUGGUUGGACUUCAGUUAAAUGUUUUCAAUUCAACUUUAUGUAUGUAA